AUGGUGAGAAUUGAGAAACUAAGGGACCUAACAAUCAUUAUUGCGUUCGUCUCUUCUUCUGAUUCUGCUGCUCAUGCUUCUUCUGCAAAUAAAGAAUUUGGAGAAGAAGGAACUGAAGUAGUCGCUCUCUUGACAGGGAAAGCUAGCCUUAACAACCAGAGCCAAUCUCUUCUAUCAUCUUGGGAUGCAAGCAACCAUUGCAGUUGGGUUGGAAUUGGAUGCAACAAAGCCGGUAGAGUCACCCAUAUAGACCUUGAGAAUUACGGUUUGAGAGGUAUACUUUUCAAUCUUAACUUCUCUUCCUUCCUUCAUCUUGUCAGCCUUGAACUUUAUAACAACUCAAUCCAUGGGACCAUCCCCUCAAACAUUGGUAGCCUUGUGAGACUUACCUACCUAUGCUUGUCCUACAAUCAUCUUUCAGGAACAAUUCCAUCCGAAAUAGGAAUGCUUAGCUCUCUCAGGAAACUCCUUUUGUAUUCUAACAAUCUUUCAGGUCCAAUACCUUCGUCUAUUGGAAACUUAGGUAAUUUAACCAAAUUACGCCUUACCAAAAAUAAAUUUGUUGGAUCAAUCCCUCAAGAAGUUGGGAUGCUAAGAUCUCUCAUUGAUCUCCAAAUGUCAAGGAACAAUCUCAUAGGUUCAAUCCCUACUUCUAUACAGAACUUGGCCAACUUAACCAUUUUAAGCCUUUAUGAAAACCAACUUUCUGAAUCGAUCCCUGAAGAAGUUGGAUCGUUAAGGUCUCUACAUAAGUUGUCUCUCACUUUUAAUAACCUCACAGGUUCAAUCCCUGCCGCAAUAGGGAACUUGACCAAUUUAACCAUCUUAUACCUUUAUGGAAACAAACUUUCUGGGUUUAUCCCUCAAGAAAUCGGAAAUCUUAUGUCUCUCAAUGAACUUGAUUUGUCAACAAAUAAUCUCACAGGUUCAAUCCCGACCUCUAUAGGGAACUUGGCCAACUUAACCAUUCUGAACCUUUAUGCCAACACACUAUCGGGAAACAUUCCUUCUAGUAUUGGAAACUUAAAUAAGCUCAAACAAUUGAUUUUAUUAAGUAAUCAACUAUCUGGCUCCAUUCCUCUGUCAUUUAAUAAUCUUACACAUUUACAAAGCUUACAGUUAGCUUUUAAUAGGCUUACAGGUCAUUUACCACACAAUGUAUGCCUUGGUGGAUUACUUGAAUAUUUUUCUGCAUCUGACAAUAAUCUAACAGGCUCGAUCCCAAAAAGCUUGAAAGUUUGUGCUAGAUUGUACAGACUUAGGCUUGACAGAAACGAACUUGUAGCAAAUAUAUCAGAAGAUUUCGGUUGUUGUUUUUCCUUCAUGGAUCGUCCGGACUCUUCUCAUCACCCUAUUUUCGUUGUUCUUAACGGGACCAAUUAUGUCUUAUGGACACAAGCCAUGUCUGGCUUCCUCAAAGGCAAGAAACUUUGGCGUAUUAUCACUGGGGAUGUGCGCAAACCCAUCCAAGAGACUGCUAAAUCAGCUGACAAAUAUGUAGACCGCUUGGAGGAUUGGAACAGUAAGAACUAUCAGAUCAUCACUUAG